AUGUUCAGGAUCGCUCGACCGUUUUCAACACGAGCUGCAUCUUUUCCGACGUCUCGCAUCACACCGGCAUUGGAAAAGAAGCUCCUUCGUAUGGGAGAAAGACACGAUUCUUUGCUCUCUCAACUCAGCAAUAACCAACUUGGAGCUAACGAACUCACCCAUGCGUCCAAAGAACUAGCGAGUCUGUCCACAAGCAAAUCGCUCUUUGAACAAUGGCAGCAGCAGUUGGACAAUCUGAAGCAACUCCAAGAUCUUUUAUCCACGCAACCCGAUCAAGAUAUGAUUGAUAUGGCCAAAGAAGAAUACGAGGAAAUUACCAAUGAAUUGACGAAUAUUGAACGUGAUCUAUUGACGGAACUGGCUCCGAAAGAUGCGGCCGAUGAUGCGAGUGGUAUCCUGGAAAUCCGAGCCGGUGCCGGGGGUGAGGAAGCGUCGCUUUUUUCGGCAGACAUGGCACGUAUGUAUGAACGAUUUGCCCAGUUGAAACGAUGGAAGUGGGAAAUCCUUUCAUCUUCUGAAGACGCCGGUGGAAAAGGAGUGCAACGAGUGCCGGCCACUGAGACUCAAGGACGCAUUCAUACCUCCACUGUGACGGUAGCCAUGUUACCACAACCCACAGAGGUGGAUGUGCAAAUUCGCGAUUCGGAUCUCCGCAUUGAUGUGUAUCGUGCGUCCGGUGCAGGAGGUCAACAUGUCAACACAACAGACAGUGCUGUUCGCAUUACCCAUAUACCCACGGGUUUGGUUGUUUCCAUGCAAGAUGAACGUUCUCAGCACAAGAAUAAAUUAAAAGCACUCAAGGUUUUGCGAGCUAAAAUUUAUGAACAAGAACGAGAGAAAACGGCCUCCGCCAGACGAGAUUCUCGCAACAAGCAGAUUGGCACCGGUGAUCGGUCUGAAAAGAUUCGCACGUAUAAUUUUCCGCAGAAUCGCGUGACGGACCAUCGCAUUAACCUUACACUGCAUGAACUGGAACCUGUUCUUUCUGGUGAAGGUCUUACGCGAAUCAUUGAACCUCUGCAAGAACAUUUCCUUGCCGAAGCACUCUCAGAAUAACCCAAAAAAAGGAAAAAUGUGCAAGACACUCCAAUGUCAUCAUGUUUCGGAAUUGGAAAAAAGAAAGAAGAGGGUUCUUUUUGGCACGUGAUAAUGAAUCCCAUUGGAUUCACCUACAAACUUGAGUUGCAUUUCGAUUUACAGGGCGCGCGCGCGAUUUUUUUUUUUCUUUAACUCUCUUUUUUUUCCCUCUCAUUCUUUUCCUUCUUUUCGAUUCCAGCAAAACGUUGGUCCCAUUUCCUUUUCUGCAUCCACCUUGUUCACAUUGACGGAUAUAGACAUCCAUUAGACGCAUAAAAAAAAAAUUCAUCUUUGUAAAAUACGUGGUUCUCUUUAUUCUCUCUCACUUUCUCACUUUCUCUCUUUCUGCCUCUUUUAUUUUACUGCUGUCCCAGAAAGAGACUGUAUUUUUUCAAGGUCCUCUCUUGUGUAUCGACAAGGAAAAUCAGUUGAUUUUUAUUU